UGAUCCGUACAACAUGUCUGCUCAGGUAAAGCAGCUAUGGGAAGAAGUAAGAAACCUGAGCCUAGGAAACACCGGCGCCGUCGAGCGCCUCCCUUCACCGCCGUCUCCUCUCCAAUUCCUCCGCGACUUCGUCUCCCAAAACAAACCCUGCCUUAUCUCCGCCGCAACCCUUCACUGGCCCGCCUCCACCCUCUGGACAUCCGACGAUUCCCACCUCCUUAACGCUCUCUCUUCCUCCUCCGUCUCCGUCCAUCUCACCCCAACAGGCGCCGCCGAUUCUCUAACUCCUCAUCCCUCUUCUCCUUCCCGCCUUUGCUUCGCCACUGCCCACGUUGAAUCCAUGCCUUUCCCACUCGCUCUCUCCACCGUCUAUUCCUCCGAUCGGGAUGAAAAAUUCGUCUGUUACGCCCAGCAGCAGAACGAUUGCUUUCGUUCUGAGUAUUCAGGAAUUUCCGGCGAUUGCGAAUCAGAUAUUCCAUGGGCAAGCGAAGCCCUGGGUUGCCUUCCUGAUGCAGUAAAUCUAUGGAUCGGAAAUCAUCAAUCUGAAACCUCUUUCCAUAAGGACCAUUACGAGAAUCUGUAUGCUGUCGUCUCCGGUGAGAAACAUUUCCUUCUUCUGCCCCCAACCGAUGUUCAUCGAAUGUACAUUCGUAACUACCCUACUGCUCAGUACAAGUAUGUCAAGGAGACAUCAAAGUUCACAUUGGAUUUAGUUGAAGAACCUAAGAUACAGGUGCCAUGGUGUAGUGUUAAUCCUUACCCUUCUCCAGAUAACAUGGAGAAAGAAAGAGCCAAAUUUCCGCUCUUCUUUAAUGGCCCAAAGCCCUUUGAAGUUACAGUUAAAGCAGGGGAAAUCCUAUACUUGCCGAGUAUGUGGUUUCAUCAUGUUAGGCAAAGUCCUGAUAGAUUAGGAAGGACAAUUGCUAUAAACUAUUGGUAUGAUAUGCAGUUCGAUAUCAAAUAUGCAUACUUCAAUUUUGUAAGAUCGAUACCUCUUAGGUUAUGUGAUCAAGCGAAUGAACUGUCCCUGGAUCAAAUGUGUGAUCCAGAAGACGAUUUAUCUGAUAGCAAUUGUGAAGAUGAAUAGAAAGACGAUUUAUCUGAUAGCAAUUGUGAAGAUGAAUCAGCCCUUUUUCAAUCGGAUCUUUGCGAAAGAGGAACAAACCUGGUUCGAAGAGGGGCGAAAAUGUUUACAGUUUGUUAGAAGUUUUUAGGACUGAUUUUGUUAGAACUUAAAUUGAAUUUGAAAAAUGAAAUUAUAAUUCAUUUAUUUUUGUCAAA